AUGGCAGGAAAUCUAGAGGAAGAAGAAUACGACUAUUUGUUCAAAAUCGUACUAGUAGGAGAAAGUGGUGUUGGUAAAUCUAAUAUCCUGUCACGUUUCACUAAGAAUGAAUUCAACCUUGAGAGCAAAGCUACAAUUGGAGUGGAAUUCGCUGCAAAAUGCAUCCAACAUGAAGGCAAAGCAAUAAAAGCGCAAAUAUGAGACACAGCAGGCCAAGAGCGGUUCAGAGCAAUUACUUCUUCAUACUACAAAGGUGCAAUGGGCGCGCUCCUGGCUAGAUUAAGUUAUUAAAGUCAGGCGUUAGUCAUAGUGGUGACAUGGCCUCCAAAGACCGCCUGUACUAGAGAUUAUUUCUCCUGAAGGUGGAUGCCAAUUCCGUACCUACUGUCUCCUCCUUGACUUAUAAUUAAAAUAUGGCGUCUUCGUCUGGGCAUGGCCUCCCGGCCAUGCAUACUCGACUCAUAUUUUAAUUAUAUCCGGCAAGGUUUUGCCAUUCUGAAGUGAGCGGCAAUGCUAGGUAAGCAAUUCUGGUUGUGUACAGAGCCUAGCCCAAGCUCGUCUUCGGGAUGGAUUUUACCUCGUAGGUAAAGGUGACAAGUGGCUGGAAAGGGGAAGCCCAGCAGAGUCCACACGACUCAUCGGGCAACUCCCUAGCGUGAAACCGGGCGUUACGUCCCGGGCUACUUGUUUCUCUUUUUUGCCGACAGCCUACCAGAAAAUCCAUUUUUUGGGUUUUCGGAAUGGCAACUACGUAAUGGCGUGGCCCGUAACUCACUCAUGAGUCGUCGAAGUCGGGUAACCCCUCCAAGCCUGUAUUAGCGAACAAAGCAGGCUGGGACCGGCAGCCUGUGGCCUGGCAGGUGGAAGAGAAGGUGAUAGGUCCGGUUCUUGCUGACCUCCGUGGUGGACGUUAAGCGUGAUAAUUCUAAUGUAAUGUAAUGUCUCCUCCUUGACUUGAACCUUGAAUUGGCUGUUUAUGAUUUCUACAGCCCUGCUACGGGUGAUCGGAGUAGAUUCCAAGGAUUCUUGGAGUCUAUCGGUGUUGAAGUGCCUUACUUCAACAGCUGCAGGAAAAAGACUUUCCCCUGUGGCCUGGCCGAAAUCCCAGUUUCUCGUCAGAGGAAUGUACAUGGGUCCUAGAUUCCAAAGGACGUUGCUGGAUACCUUCAUUUCCAACCACUGGAAAUCAUCCAAAACUAACCCGUAUGCACAUCUCUUGAGCCUGGACUUGAUUCUCGGCUCGGAGUUCGUCCCAAUUCACCGUAAUUGCGAGGUCUAGACUGCUGCGCCAAUAGGUAGGCUCUCUCAUGUCUCCAUUUUAAUAUAUAUGAUAUUUCCAAGCACGCCACGUUUGAAAACUUAGAUAGAUGGGUCAAUGAAGUGCGAUCAUUUACUCAGCCAGAUCUAUCAAUCAUAUUAGUGGGAAAUAAAUGUGAUAUGGCAUAUGCUAGAGAAGUUACUCAGGAUGAGGCAAUCAGAUAUGCUCAACAGCAAAAAAUCCCUUUUUUUGAAACGAGUGCUUUAGAUUGUACAAAUGUCGAGCUAGUUUUUAGAGAAUUACUUGUGGCUAUUGCAAGGCGAACUGAUGCAGGAUUUGAUACUAAAGGUGCAGAAAAAGUGGAUAUUUCUAAAAUCAACACUAUCAAGCUUGGAACUGCAGAGAAAAAGAAGAAAUCUUGCUGUAAGGGUCAUUAA